UAAAAUAAGCAACCAGCUAUCAAUCAGUCACUUUCUCACCCCUGAAAAAUCCAAAAAGCCCCAAAGGAAAAAAAAAAAAGAUGUCAUGGUUAGCUCGUUCGCUGGCGAACUCGCUUCGUCUCGAUGACAAUGAAUCAGCUUCUUCUGGGGAUGAAGAAAACGACGUCGUAACGAAUGAGUCUCGAUCAUCGCUUCCUCAAAGGCACAAGAUUGAAAACGAAGAAACCAUGGCGGAACAACAAUCAUUGUCCCCCGAGCAACUAGCGGAACUCCAAUCGCGUGGCGUCAAAGAAGACCUAACCGAACUCAAACAAUCCCUAACACGCCAACUGUGGGGAGUCGCUUCCUUCCUCGCUCCGCCACCUCCUCCUCCUCCUCCCCCGCCUCGUUUUUCGACGCAAUUCAAUCGCCAAUCUAAUGAUCGAUCAUUCUCUAAUUUGAAUCAAUCUGAGCCGUUGGAUCAAUCUCUCUCGGGGGACGAAGAGGAUCAUUCUGAUUCAGCGGCGGUUGGGGGGAUUAGGGACGAUUUCACUGAGAUCGGUGGAAGGUUGUCGAAGAUGGCAUCGGAUUAUUUUCCGUUUGGAUCGGGGGAAAAUGAGGAAGAAAACGAGAUGGAAAAUGAAAAUGAGGAGGAUCGGGAGUUCAAUGCGGUUGGGAUAACGGAUGAGGUGUUGGCGUUUGCUAGGAACAUCGCGCAUCACCCAGAAACGUGGCUGGAUUUCCCUCUUGAUCCCGAUGAAGACUUGGCUGAUUUUGACAUGUCAAUUGCCCAACGAGACCAUGCUAUGGUUGUUGAAUAUCUUGCUCCAAGACUGGCAGCUCUGAGAAUUGAACUUUGUCCUUGCCAUAUGAGUGACAGUUACUUUUGGAAAGUUUAUUUUGUUCUUCUGCAUUCAAGACUUAACAAGAAUGAUGCAGAGACUCUGUCUACACCUCAGGUAAUGGAAACCAGAGCAUUGUGGAUGAAGGAGCUGCAAAAGCAAAUGAAGCCAGAAACUGAUUCGUAUGGAAGAAGCACUUCCCGCUUAGGAGAUAACUCUGGUAUUAUGCAUGAAGAUUUUAUUCCUUCAUCAUCCAGUUAUUUUACCAUUGAGACCAUGUCACCUAGGACAUAUACUUCUGAACCUGCAUCUAGCAUCACAACAGAUUAUGAGACUGAGAAGCAUCCAGUUGAAAGUACUGAGAUGCCAUUUGUAGACAAGUCUGUUAUUGAGGAAAAACUGGUGUCUAACACUGAGGAUAAGCAUCAUCUGGUUGGUCCAUCCUCAAAAAUAUUGAUUCCAACUUUUGAAGAUGAAGAGAUUGAUUGGCCAGAAGUUGAUGAUUGUGAAUUUGGUGGUUACAGUGGGGCUGCAAUUUGUGUGGAGAACGAAGAAGAUAUUUCUUUUAGUGAUCUUGAGGACGUCGAUGAUAGUAGUACCCCCACAAUAUCUAAGAUAGUUACAAAAUGAUUUGAAAGCUCUGUGAUUGGAUUCAGCUUGGCGUAAGCUCUGCUCGUUGGAUCAAAGAUGGAAUCAAAAGGUCAUUUAAUUUGAUGUAAAACCUGGGAUUACGGACACCAACAGUAUCAUGGAUGCAGAGGCAACGAUUGGAGGUGCUGAAGGUGUCUCGGGAGCGUGUUUGUAAAUGGUGAGUGAUCAAUCAAAUGUUAAAAAUUGCAUAUGUACAAGGAGUUUUGAGUUGAAAUGAGAAUAGAAGCUUUGACAACAGCUUUGUCUCAAUUUUCUAAAACAUUUGUACAGAAAAUCUGUUAGUUAAAAAUUCCUUCUUAGAACUUGAGGUUCACCCUCAGAUACAGAGGGUAUUUUUUAAAAUUCUUUCUGCUAAGUUUAUGUAAUAAGAUGAGCUCAUGAUUCACGACAUUUGAUUCUCACAUUUUCUACUGUAUAUUACAUGAAUUAUAUAUGUAAUUAGAUCGGUGGAAGGAUCAUGAGCUUUUUAUUCAAUUCCGAGAUCAGAAUUAUUGGUUCUUGAAA